AUGCGAACCGCCCUUCUCACCGGAUCUCUGUUCCUCCUCCACGGAGCAGCAGCUCUCAACCUUGGGCCGGACUAUAGCCAUCCAAUUGAAGACCUAGACGUCGACCUCCCCUUCUCGCAACCAGUCACCUUCGCCCACCUCGAAUGGCAGCGCUGUCUCUCUGCAUCUUACAACAAGCCCCUAGACAUCGCCCUUCUCGGCUUCCCCUACGACACCUCCACCUCCUAUCGGCCCGGCGCCCGCUUCGGACCACGCGGUAUCCGCGCCGGGUCCGCGCGCGAGAAGAAAGGCCGCAGCUACAACACCGUCUGGGACGUUGAUCCGUACGACGAAGGGCUGGAAAUUAUUGAUUGCGGCGACAUCCCAAUAACCCCCUUCGAUGCAGCCCACGCCUUCAAGCAAAUGGAACAAGGCUACAGACAAGUCCUAUACCAGCCUACCUCGGACCAGAAUGCGUGGUCCCAUCCUCGGAUCGUAAGUCUGGGCGGAGACCACUCGAUUGUGUUACCGAUUCUACGGUCGUUGAAGACGGUGUACGGGCCUAUUUCUGUUAUUCAUUUGGAUUCGCAUUUGGAUACGUGGGACCCCUAUGAGGGCUACACCGGUAUCGCAAGCAACCAGUCGGCCAUCACGCACGGGACGUUCUUCUGGCAUGCAAGUCGGGAGGGAUGUAUUUCGAAGGGGACAAGUGUGCAUGGGGGGUUAAGGACGAAGUUAUUUGGACCGAAAGACUACGAGAUCGACCGCGACGUUGUCGGCUUUACCAUUAUCGAGGCGCAUGAGAUCGAUGAUAUUGGGAUGAUGGGGAUUAUUCAGAAGGUCCGGGAUGCGGUCAAGGAUACGCCGACUUAUCUUUCUAUUGAUAUAGACGUGUUGGACCCCAGUAUUGCCCCCGCGACUGGAACCCCCGAGUCUGGCGGCUGGACGACGCGCGAGCUGAAACGGUUCAUUAAGGGUCUAGAAGGCGUCAAUCUUGUUGGUGCUGAUGUGGUGGAGGUCAGUCCGCCCUACGAUACGGUCGCGGAGACAACUUCCGUCGCGGCGGCGGAUCUGAUCGUGGAUAUCCUGGCGGCUAUGGUUAAGAAUAAUGGAGAUGGGAAGAUGAAGUCAGGAGUGAAGGAUGAGCUGUAGGAACCAGAAGCAGCUGGCAAGAUGACAUUAGCAGACUGCAUGCUAAAUAGUUACUAU